GCCGGGCUGGGGGGUGGUCGGUUGGAUCCUUCUCGCCGCGGCUGCACUUCUGCACUUUUUGGAGGAGCCGAACUCCGAGCCGCUGCCAAGGAUGGAUAAAGAUAUUGAGGUCUUGCGGGAGGAUUACAGGAAAAUGAACAAGUCUUGCUUCAUCCUCGGGGCCUCGGGGGAGACAGGGAAGGAGCUGCUGAAAGAGAUCGUCACGAGCAGACUGUUCAGUCGAGUUACGCUCAUCGGGCGCAGGAAACUGACUUUGGAAGAUGAGGCCUAUAAAGAGGUGGCACAAGAGGUGGUGGAUUUCGAGAAGUUAGACGAAUUCUCCGCCGCUUUCCAAGGCCACGAUGUCGGAUUCUGCUGUUUGGGGACGACCAAGGCCAAAGCUGGGCAGGCCGGAUUUAUCCGCGUGGAUCACGACUAUGUCCUGAAGUCGGCCGAGUUGGCCAAGGCCGGGGGCUGCUCCCACUUCAACCUGGAAUCAUCCAAAGGGGCAGAUAAGAGCAGCAGUUUCCUCUACCUGAAGGUUAAGGGGGAAGUUGAAGCAGAAGUACAGGAGCUGGGCUUUGAGCGCUACACGAUCUUCAGACCGGCGGUCCUACUGUGCGACCGGCAGGAGUCUCGCCCCUCAGAAUGGUUUGCCAGGAAAAUGCUUGUGCCCGUUUCCUACAUGUUCCCCACCGCUUACUCUGUGCCCAUCACAACACUGGUAAAAGCCAUGGUGAACAACGCGGUGCUGCCGGGAGAUAAAAAGGUGGAAUUACUGGAAAACAAGGCAAUUCACUCUCUGGGGAAACUGGGAGAAGCGAAGAAGUAACAGAUUGUGGCUUUAUUGGGUUCCAAAUGAAAUGUAACCUCCCUGGGCCUUUUAAAGUGGUAUCAUGUGUCAUAAACAGUUAUUUUAUCCGUCUAAUGGAAAAUAUACUUUUUAUAAAUUUUACUGUUCUUAGCCUCAGCUGACAGUUUCAGUCUUGCACAAGACUCCAUUGUUCUCUAGCUGUCAGUUCACAUAUGUCCCUAUCUCUUUCAAUAGUCCUUUUAUUCUGUUGUAAUCUCUAAAGAGGAAUUCAGAUAGGGGUGUGGCUUAGAAAGCAGGGGGCAGGGCCUGAUAUCACUGGAGGCGUGUCCACCUGUAAAGAGCAUCGGCAAUGCUCCGAAAUCAUCCCCCUUCUUCUUAAAGGGAUACUGACAUGGGAAACUGUUUUUUUUCAAAAUGAAUCAGUUAAUAGUGCUGCUCCAGCAGAAUUCUGCACUGAAAUCCAUUUCUCAAAAGAUCAAACAGAUUUUUUUAUAUUCAAUUUUGAAAUCUGACAUGGGUCUAGACAUAUUGUCAAUUUCCCAGCUCCCCAAGUCAUGUGACUUGUGCUCUGAUAAACUUCAAUCACUCUUUACUGCUGUACUGCAAGUUGGAGUGAUAUCAUCCCCCUCCCUUUUCCCCCCCAGCAGCCAAACAACAGAACAAUGGGAAGGUAACCAGAUAGCAGCUCCCUAACACAAGAUAACAGCUGCCUGGUAGAUCUAAGAACAGCUCUCAAUAGUAAAAUCCAGGUCCCACUGAGACACAUUCAGUUACAUUGAGAAGGAAAAACAACAGCCUGCCAGAAAGCAUUUCUCUCCUGAAGUGCAGGCACACGUCACAUGACUUGGGGCAGCUGGGAAAUUGACAAUAUGUCUAGCCCCAUGUCAGAUUUUAAAAUUAAAUAUAAAAAAAUCUGUUUGCUCUUUUGAGAAAUGGAUUUCAGCGCAGAAUUCUUCUGUAACAGCACUAUUAACUGAUUCAUUUUGAAAAAAAUUUUUUUCCCAUGACAGUAUCCUUUUAAGUAUCCAGUGUGUUCCCUCUUCACUGCUGCUUUUACACUACAAAUCCCAGCAUUCUCUCUCAAAGGGACACAUUAGAUUACAAGCAGAUAAUUUAGAAAGGGAAUGUCAUUUGUAAAUGGCUUUAGAGAAAUAAAAUAGAAAAAAAAACCUAUAAUGUUUGCUGCCCGUGGAUAUAAAGAUUUUUAAAAAUGUGUAUUUUUGAAAUGCUCUGAACUUUUAAUUUCUGUGCAAAAUGAAAUACGUGUGCCUUUUUGUAAUGACUGCUAAUAAAAGAUAUGGUGCCUG